UCGAUGAAUAAUAACCCACGCACGCAUAUUUUCAUUAUCACAUUCCUUAUUAUAACUGCCCCCUGCGAAAUAUGUCCGACUAACCAACAGCACAAGCUUUGAAGCUUUGAUAGCACCCCGGCAACUAAAACACCACGCCCCAUCAUAUGCACGACUUAGUAAGAAAACCACUGAUAUACAGCAUAUCCCGAACUUCGGGCGAACAGCAUCUUGCAUUUCCGUAAGCCAAAUCCCCAUAAUCCGAGAGUCGCCCCGCAAAAGCGUGGAACUCCAUCAUUAAUAAUCAGGCCCCGCGUUAGCGAAGUGCCGUUUUGGGAUAUGCGACUGAGCGGCCGCCCGCGGCCGCUUCGGCCGUCUGUGUGUAAUCGGGCAUGGAGUUGCGCCGAGGUCGUAUGCUGUGCACGACGAUUGUUGGAUGUUUGUCGACUACUAUGAGGUAUGAAGAUGACCCGAUGGAACCUGUGGUUUGGGGGAAAUAUGUAUAAAGGGAAUGCGUCUGAGACGUCCCAUCUUGCUUUUUUUUUUUUUGGACAAAACAUCCAGCAUUUGCUUUUUAACAGUCGGAUAACCAGCGUCCACGACAUUUGCACCUCACGUGGCUCUUAACACCCCAUAUCCAGAAAGAUAUAGAAAAGAUUGUGUUUGAAAAGAUGCAAGCGAUCAAAGUCGUCGAGCCGGGCAAAGCCGCCGUCGUCAACGACGAACCCAUCCCAGCCCUCCCAACCGAAGAAUGGAUCCUCGUAAAAACCGUCGCGGUCGCUCUGAACCCCACAGACUGGAAGCACAUCCGCUCACACUGCCCCACUCGCUCAACCCCCGGCUGCGACAUCGCUGGCGUCGUCGAAAAAGUCGGCUCGGGCGUGACGCGCGAUAUCAAGAAAGGCGACCGCGUGUUUGGGUUCGUGCACGGGUGCCAUGUCGAGGAGCUCGAGCGAGGCGCGUUUCAGGAGUAUGUGCUUAUGAGGGGGGAUUUGGCCAUGAAGAUCCCAGAUGGGAAGAGCUUUGAGGAGCUUGCUGGAUCUGGGGUGGCGGUUGUCACGAUUGGGCAGGGGCUGUAUCAAGAGAUGGGAUUGCCGUGGCCAGAGCACCAUUUCAGCGAGGGGGAGAAGCCGUUGAUUCUGAUCUGGGGCGGUUCGAGCGGGAUGGGCGCUAUCGGGAUCCAGUUUGCGAAACUAUCGGGAUUCAGGGUUCUUACGACUUGCUCUCCUAGUAACUACGACUAUGUCAAGUCUCUAGGCGCGGAUGUUACCUUCAACUCCCGCGACCCGAACGUCGGUGCGCAGAUCCGCGAGUACACCAAGAACAAGCUGUACUACGCGUGGGACUGCAUCGGCGAGCACGGGUCCAUUGAGCAAUGCGCCAAUGCGCUUGCUUCUGAAGCGCCCGAGGGCCAGGAGAUUCGCUACGGAACAAUUGUCUUUGCUGGGCCCCGAUCACCCCGUGAUGAUGUGAUUUUCACUGAAAGUCUUGGGUACACGGCUGGUGGAUAUGCAUUCAAGGUUGUCAAGGACGGCCAAGACCGCAAGUUUCCAGCUCGGCCGGAUCAUCUUGAAUGGAUGCUCAAAUGGACUCCGGUUGCGGAAAAGCUUCUGUCCGAGGGAAAGUGGACUCCGCAGAAGGCGGAGGUUCGCGAAGGUGGUCUUGAGGGAAUUCUUGGGGGGUUGGAUGAUUUGAUGAACGGAAAGGUUAGCGGAGUGAAGCUCACUUACCGAAUUGCUGACCCUUGA